AUGGGCAACGACAGCUCUAUUCUCGCCGACGGCUCCGCCAUGGCCGUGCCCGGCACCUCAUUCAACCAUACGCUCUUCGAAACAGCUUUGCCACCGCUGCCAACAUUUAGUCUAGAGGUCCAGCCUGAUCUCUUUCCUUGGGUCUCCGACUUUUGGCUCAAUUUGUUACUCCCUGUUGUUGUGUACUGGGUCCUGUCCCUGACAUUCCAUGCAAUCGACGUCAACGACUGGUUCCCCCAAUAUCGACUACACACGCCCGAAGAAAUCACCAAACGCAACCACGUCUCCCGCUUUGAGGUCGCCCGCGAUGUUAUCCUGCAGCAGAUCAUCCAGGUCGUCACCGGCGCUCUUCUCGCCUUGUCCGAGCCUCCGGAGAUGAUUGGAAAGAGUGAAUUCGACGUUGCAGUCUGGGCUACUCGCAUCCGUAUCGCGCAACGAGCUCUGCCAACUGUGCUCGGCCUCGUCGGCCUCAAUGCUACAGCAAUCUCCAAGAGUCUCCUUGACACUCAUCCCCUGCUGGCCGGGGCUGUUGCUGGCGGCUACUACCCAUCGCUGGUGGGCGCGAACAAUGAACCUGCUUUCGCCUCUUGGGAGAUGACAUUGGCCAAGACCAUCUACUACUUCCUGAUCCCUGCUGUUCAGUACUUUAUUGGCGCUGCUAUCAUCGACACUUGGCAAUACUUCCUCCACCGAUUGAUGCAUGUCAACAAGUGGUUGUAUGUUCAUUUCCACUCUCGCCACCACCGUCUUUAUGUCCCUUAUGCUUAUGGUGCUCUCUACAACCACCCGGUUGAGGGAUUCCUGCUCGACACCCUCGGUGCCGCCGCCGCAUUCAAGGUCACCCGCAUGACUCUGCGCCAGGGCAUCCUCUUCUUCUCAAUGUCCACAAUCAAGACAGUCGACGACCACUGCGGCUACGCGUUCCCAUGGGACCCUCUCCAGAUCGUCACCAGCAACAACGCUGAAUAUCACGAUAUUCACCACCAACACUGGGGCAUCAAGACCAACUUUGCUCAACCCUUCUUCACUUUCUGGGACACUCUUCUCGAUACCAAGUACAGGGGUUCCAAGACCAACAAGCCUAGCCAAAGGAAGGCCAAGGUCGAGGAAAAGGCUCAGUAG